AUGUACACCACCCUUCAGGCGGACUCGUUGAAGCAGAUCGUGGUGCAGACCGCCGAUGAGAUCAAUCUGGAGAACAUCUCCACCGUGACCGGGAAACCCAAACGGACCCGCUCAAAAACAGGCUGUUUGUGUUGUCGGAUGAGAAAGAAGAAGUGUGAUGAACAACGGCCCUCGUGUGGGCUCUGUACUUCUCGAGGCAUUCAGUGUGUGUAUUCGAGUUCUCCUCCAACAAGAUCCAAAACGCCGAAGAAGACCACUAUCAAGGAAGAGCCCUCUGAGCUUGUAUGUGGGUCGAGCUCUGGUUCUGCUGAAAUAUCCCCAGAGUCUGUUUCUUUGCUGGGACCACCUAUUCUGCUGACAACAACGGCUGGCCAGCUUGAGCCGGUGGUUCUGGCAUUUGCUGAACUGAAAGGUCCUGUGAGAUUAGAUCCGAUGGGGACCAGCGAGUCAUUUGACGAGUUUCUUUUCUUGUCUUCAGGAAAAGAGCAACCGGUAAUUGAUGUUCCUGCUUCCAACGAGUUUAAUCUUAUUCCUAUGGAUGAAUCUAAAGCUGCGAUAGUGCCAACGUGCUCAAAAGACAUGGAAGAUAAACUCGCGCAGCCGAACAUCCUAGUGGAACCUGUUGACCCUUUCAGGCUUGUGCUAGAUGAGCGCGGUUACCAGCUUGUUUAUUACUUUCACAACGAGAUCAUCCACAAGAUAUGUAUCGCCCCAAGAUCGGUACAAAAUCAUUUUGCAUCCACUUUUACCGGGGUGUCGUACCGUGAUGAAAGCGUUCUACGGCUUCUUGCAGCAUGGGGAGCUUUAUUCGUCGACGGGCCCAAUUCAGCAAGUCUCAAGUCUCGAAUGCAAGAGGCUGAUUUCUCCUUAAGGAGACUUUACUCAAACAAGGUGCUAGAUGACCAAGACAAGUUCAAUCUCAUAUGCUUCCACCUCAAUGCAGCUGGCAUCGGUGUAUGUUCUGGUGACACUAAAGAAUGGGUGCACCAUCAUCGCAAAUGUGGAGAGCUUAUACGUGGGUUUGGAUCGGUAAAGAAUUUUCUCGCUAAAAUGAACUAUUCAAACGGUGCCAAGUGGGUCAUCUCGAAUCUACAUUACAACGAUGUGAUGUCCUCUGAAUCCAUAAAGAACGGUACAUUGCUUAGCAGUGAGGAAUACGGAUCUCCCUUCAAAGACGAAGAGGAUUAUUCUUAUGGAAUUGAUCCCCUUCAAGGCUGCAUGCAUUCAGUUUUUUUGGUUCUUUGCGAUAUUCUUCAUGCUUACUCCAUCUUAUCUGCUGCUAGAAGAAGUAUAGACGCGGACUUCAAGAAAGCACCUCACGACCCUUCAAUUAGCAUGGAGAACCUCAACUCGCGCCGUAUUCAACACUUCGUGGAAACAGAAAAGCAGGCCAAAAGACUAAUGAACAAAAUUCAGGCCUGCAAGCCUCGCAAAAACCAAGAGUGCUUUAUCGACCCUAGUGAGCUACACCACCAUCACACUCUAUUUGAAGCAUUCAGGAACACUUGCAAGUUAUAUGUGCUCAUGUACAUACGAGAUCUCCCUCCACGUACCCCGGAGGUACAAAUGGUGCUUUUGGACACUUUCAAGCUCCUUGAUGUCCUCAUUGAAUGUGAUCUUCGAGCUGCGGUCACCAAGGUUAUGCUCCUUUGUGGCAUUGCGUGCUACAAGGAGGUUGAUCGCAUGGAACUAAGACACAAAUUCAUUCGCUUACAGACCUACUACAAAGUGUUUAAUGUUCACAAUGUCAGGCACAUUGUUGAGCAAAUAUGGCUUUCCAACCCUGACGGUCUUCUUACCAUCGAUUGGGGCGAAACCUGUGAAAAGAUGGGUUGGACUGUCGCUGCAUUAUAG